CCUGACGCCCAGCCAGUGUGCCUGUACACACCAAGAAGAGUUCCCCACCCAUUACUCCCUAAAGUAAAGGAGGAAUUAGAGAGGAUGAUUCAAGAAGGAGUCAUCUCCCCAGUUACAGAGCCAACCGAAUGGUGCUCCGGGAUAGUCCCAGUCCUCAAGCCAAACGGAAAAGUUCGCAUCUGCGUAGACCUAGUCCAACUCAACAAAAGCGUUAAGAGAGAGGUCCAUCCAAUGUAUUCCGUAGAUGAAAGCCUAGCAAAGCUGAGUAAAAGUAGAGUCUUUAGCAAACUCGACGCUAACAGCGGGUUUUGGCAACUCCCUCUCGACAAGGAGUCCCGCCUACUUACAACCUUCAUCACGCCAUACGGUCGUUACUGUUUUAAUCGUCUUCCCUUUGGGAUCACCUCAGCCCCGGAAGUCUUCCAGCGCACCAUGACUAGUAUCCUGGGGGACCUCAAGGGAGUCGUAUGCCAUAUUGAUGACACCCUUGUACACGCGGCAACACAAGCGGAGCAUGAUGAACGACUGAGAACUGUCCUUAAGCGGCUACAGGUAGCCGGAGUGACGCUCAACGAGAAAUGUGAGUUUUCUAAACGUUCUGUAAAAUUCCUGGGACAUAUUAUCGACGAACAAGGCAUCCGUCCAGACCCGGCCAAAACUGAAGCUAUACGCAAUUUCCCAGUCCCACAGAAAGUCAACGACCUCCAACGCUUCAUGGGAAUGGUCAAUCAAAUGGCAAAGUUUAUACCAAACCUGGCCAAUCUCAACGAACCACUACGACAACUCCUAAAAAAAGAGAACAUGUGGAAAUGGGAUAAAGCCCAACAGCAGUCAUUUGAAGGAAUCAAGAAUGAACUGACAUCUGCAACAAACCUUGCCCACUACGACCCAAGUCGUCCUACAGUCAUCUCAAGCGAUGCCUCUAACUUUGGACUUGGAGCUGUUCUUCUACAGCUCCAAGAGGACGGUACCAGGAAGCCGGUGUACUAUGCAUCUAGAUCCCUCUCAGAAACUGAGAAAAGGUACGCAGUCAUUGAGAAAGAAGCCCUGGCUGUGACAUGGGCUUGUGACAAGUUUUCCGACUACGUACUCGGAAUGAAGUUUACAGUGGAAACGGACCACAAGCCGUUAGUACCCCUUUUCACUUCAACUGAUCUCUCCAAAAUGCCACCACGCAUCUUAAGAUUCAGAAUGCGUCUCAUGAAGUACGAACUCGACGUCGUAUAUGUACCCGGCAAGGAACAAAUUACCGCAGACACGUUGUCACGCGCUCCUAUCGAGAAGAAUGUAAAUGAGAACAUAGAUCUUGUGGAGGAAGUGGAAAGCUUCACACAACAGAUCGUAGCAGGGCUUCCAGCAACGCCUAAGCGGCUGCAAGAUAUCAGUGAAGCCCAAGACCAGGAUGAAGUAUGCAGGAUGAUCAAGAAGUACUGCCUAGAAGGAUGGCCGGCUUACAUGCCAAGUUCUACCAUACUCCGUCCAUACUGGGAGAAUAAGAAACAUUUAACUGUGAUAGACAAGAUUCUACUAUAUGAUGACCGUAUUGUGAUUCCAGCAGGAAUGAGGCUGGAAAUACUUGACCUCUUACAUCAAGGACACCUUGGGAUAACAAAGACGCAAGCACGAGGCAAGAUGUCUGUGUGGUGGCCGGCGAUUACUACAGCGAUAACAGACAUGGUGACGAAAUGUUUUACGUGCGCUAAGAACAGACCAGUGCCCAAGGAGCCCCUGAUGCCAUCGUCAUUCCCAUCCAGGCCAUGGGAAAGACUAGCCGCUGAUCUCUUCGAUCUAAAGGGAAAGAAACAUCUUAUUGUAGUCGACUACUACUCAAGGUGGACUGAAGUUAAAGCACUUCCCAGUGAAUUGUCCGAGUCAGUAAUCAAAGCCCUGAAAGAAAUAUUUUCAACUCACGGAAUUCCAGACUUACUGGUGUCCGAUAACGGCCCACAGUUUGCUUGUAAAUCCUUCCAACUGUUUGCAAGUAUUUACGGGUUCACUCAUAUUACUAGCUCGCCAACGUACGCAAGAGGAAAUGGUGAAGUAGAGAGAGCGGUACGUACUGUCAAGGAUAUCCUGAAAAAGAACGAUGAUCCCUAUCUCGGUUUUCUAGCAUACCGAACAGCACCUCUUCACAAUGGCCUGGCGCCAUGCGAACUUCUGAUGAACCGCCAACUCCGCACCCAGUUACCAACCUUCCCUGACAAUCUACAACCAAACCUACGACUGAAAGACCUGGCAAAACUAGAUGCAAAAGAGGAACUUUACCGCAGCAACCAGAAAAGCAACCAUGACCGCAGAUACAAGGCAAAAGACCUACCAGAACUUCAGAGCGGAGAGAAAGUUUGGAUUCGCGAUCAAGAUCGGAUGGGAAGAGUCCUAGCGGCAUCUUCAUCACCACGAUCCUACAUAGUUGAAACAGACAAGGGAACACAGCUUCGAAGGAACAGGGCAGCCCUAGUUUCAGCAGAUACCUGUACAAAGACACCCGACACCCAACCAGAAGCUAACGUUGAGACAGAAAUGCUGAGGAAAAAAUCGAAAGUGCCCACCAGCAAAGACCUGACCACAGCUGCGAUCAAGCCUACUGAGGGCUGCUACAAAGCUGAACCAGACGCCCCGAAAGUGCGCAUGACGCGCUCAGGGAGAGUAGUAAAACCGGCGCAGAGACUUAUUCAGGACACUUGAACGUUAAACAUUUGAACAUUGCCUUUGUUUACAGUAGACCCUUAUACUGUUUGAUAUGUCGUUUAUAAUUGUCUGUUUGAUUACUGUAAAAGCAUUAAGGGGAGGUGUAGUAUGGUAUCCCUGUGUAUUAUAUAUACGUAUCUCACGUGACUAGCACAUGGAGAUAGAUCCGCCAUCUUCAUUAAAAGAAGACCUGUCGUUCUGUUGACAUUUAUAUUUGUCCCGUCUUGCUUCUUAAUAUUACAACUACGUUAAACUGGAUAAUACUUAUCCUCGUUUUUCAGUAAAAGAAGGUAUCCUUCAUCUUUCCAAUGAAGUUUAACAGCCGUGGAAAGUCAGACGCUACUUAAGGAACCGGCGCCCAAAAGUAUCCAUUGUGUCGUUCCGUGACAAAUUGGCAAAAC